UUCUUGUCUCUUCUCUCUUCCCACGUCGGCAAUGCAGAUUCCAGCAUGGACAGCCACGCGCGUAUGUACAUAGGAGCUGCCUUUGUGGCUGGCAUUAUCCUCACUCUAGGCUUCAGGGAUGUUUUUCCAGAGCUGAAGGAGCUCUUCCGCAAGCCGCGAAAUAUGACGCUUCGUUCUAAGAAAGAUAGUGAUGAAGCCGCUACUGCAGCAGAUGCUCUCAUGGCCCGGUCGGGACCCCCGGUAAUUGUCGAUGGCAUCGAAGGCUGCAUAGGGAAUACCCCGUUAUUGAGGAUUAAAUCCCUCUCAGAGGCCACAGGAUGCGAAAUCUUGGCCAAGGCUGAAUUUCUGAAUGGUGCCGGUCAAAGCUCCAAGGAUCGAGUAGCUUUGAGUAUGAUCCAAAUGGCUGAGCAAGAAGGUAUCUUGACUCCCGGCUCAGGAGAUACGAUCUAUGAAGGCACGUCUGGCUCUACAGGUAUCUCCUUAGCGACCCUGGCGAGAGCGAAAGGAUAUCUAGCGCACAUUUGCAUGCCGUCGGAUCAGGCCAUCGAAAAGUCCAAUCUGCUUCUCAAGCUCGGUGCCAUUGUGGAUCGCGUUCCGCCUGCACCGAUCGUGGAGAAGGAGAACUUCGUCAAUCGCGCUCGAGCUCUUGCUCAAGCUCAUACGGCCUCCUCCCAGGCUCCUUCAACCGAUUUCGAAUUGUCAAAUUCACGGACCCUGCGUGGAAGAGGCUUCUUUGCUGACCAAUUUGAAAAUCUAUCCAACUGGAAGGCACACUUCAAUGGGACAGGCCCCGAAAUCUACGCUCAGUGCAAUGGGAAACUUGACGCUUUCGUCGCCGGAGCUGGUACUGGAGGUACGAUCUCUGGUAUCGCUCUAUUUUUGAAGCCUAGAAUCCCGAACCUGACUGUAGUGCUGGCCGACCCUCAGGGCAGCGGGCUCUACAACAGGGUCAAAUACGGUGUCAUGUUUGACUUGAAAGAAAAGGAAGGGACGCGAAGGCGCAGACAGAUUGACACGAUCGUUGAAGGAAUCGGUAUCAAUCGUGUCACUGCAAAUUUCGAUGUUGGCAAGGAGUUGGUUGAUGAUGCAGUCAGAGUGACGGAUGCCCAGGCCUUGGCGAUGGCUAGAUGGCUAGUCGAGAAAGAUGGUAUUUUCAUCGGCAGCAGCAGCGCAGUGAACUGCUUUGCGGCCGUUAAGACGGCAAUGAAGCUCGGCCCAGGCCAUAGGAUCGUUACGAUCUUGUCUGACUCUGGUUCUCGGCAUUUGUCAAGAUUCUGGGCUAAAGCCGGUGAUGUCGGCGGUGCGACGGACACGAAACUUGAAGACGUCUUGAAUGCAAAUGAUAACGAAUAGGGACAUAUAGUCUAGACCCACAAGGGAGUUCGAGGAGUCUGCUUUCAGACAGUCAGAGCCUGCGGAUUCAACUUGAGACACGGUCCCGGUGGUGGUGGCAUUAUCCUACGCUUGCGGGUUGUCAAUUAGCUACGAUCACUGCUACUAUAGGCACAUUUUCCUCCGUUUCAACCAUAUCACCGCCAGACUCCGCACCUUCAGUCGCCGAUGGUAAAGUAGCUUGCGUCUCCUUUGAGGAUGCUGACGUUGAAUCGUCGUGCUAGGUUUCUGGAAGGUGAAUGAACAGUCGGUGUCCACAGUGUAAUCUUUUUGCACUAUCAUGGAAUCAUCUUGUUCGUUCUGCGGUUCGGAUUCGGCAAUCCGUUCAUCAUCUUCCAGGCUUGAAGAGAUAGCCCCUCUGAUGCACCGGCCCUUUCUACAGCUGUACAUGUGCGCUGUUCAACGGAUAGCAGACUCUCGUCUCUUUAGUUGCAGCUCCCAAUCUCACCCCCCGCCCAGAGACGCAGCAACUCAAAUUCAAGCUCCGCAUGUGUGCGACCUGGAAAUUCACUCCUUACAGUAGACCAGACGGUCAUUCCAAUGUAGUUUAUUCCAGCCAAUUAAACCCGAUAAAGACUUUCCAGGCAUAAAAUACAGAAUCUCUUUCCACUUCUUUUGCUGGAUGUGUUUCAUGUUAAUGAUUAGCCGUGCCUCAUCCGGUGUCAUCCUAAACCGCUUGUUACUUUUGACAGAAGACUGAUCCCUGGCGGGACCGUAAUUUGAUUCGUAUGCAGCUUUGUUGGCCACGGAAACGGCAGGAUCAAUUGCCGUAGACCGGUGCUCCGAACCCGUGUUAUUCAUUAAGACUAGCAUCUCCUGGACUCCUG